AUGCAUUUGCUGCCAUUUGAUUGGUUCUCGUACGCAGAUCGCAUCGCGGUGAGAUUAGUGGUCGGUCGGGACGAGCGCGUGGAGGAGGGCGACUCGAACACCCGCAACCAAAUAGUACCAACUAACACUGCCUAUGCUUACUGCUCUGGUCUUUGCUACCCUCCUCUUUGCGGCAAUCUUUCCACUGGGUUCAGCUUUCUCCUCUUCUCUGACGUUGCCUUGCCCAAUCAUUUUGCAAUCAAUGAGGCCCCUCUGGCGUUCAUCUCGCCAUCCACCCUGGGACACUAUCACCGGGCCGCUAUUUCAUCUGAUGCACCUGGAUGUGCUACCCAAGGAAGAAAAAUUCUCGAACGAAAUGGAACCAUUGUUGACGCGGCUAUUGUGACAUUGCUCUGCAACGGUUUGGUCAAUCCGCAGAGCAUGGGCGUCGGCGGUGGAUUUCUAAUGGUUUAUUACAAGGCGUCGGAAAAAAAAGCAUACGCUCUGGAUGCUCGCGAGACAGCCCCCUCCGCCGCGUCGCCAAACAUGUAUGGUGGCAGAGAUCCCAUCGAGCGAACCCACGGACCUUUGUCGAUUGCCGUUCCGAGCGAACUGAGGGGUUACUAUGCGGCUUGGAAGAAGUUUGGUCGACUAAAAUGGGCUGAAUUAUUCCAAGACGCCAUCAAAAUGUGUCGCAAGGGCACACCAAUAACUCCCACUGUCGAUCGAAUGCUUGCAACGAAACUCUUUUACAACAAAACGGAAGGUAGGCUGAAGAAACGGGGCGAAUUGCUCAUUCGGCCAGAAUUGGGGAGUUUUCUCGAGCGAGUAGCGGCCAAUCCAGAGGAUCUGAUCACCGGCAGGCUGGUGGAGGAGAUGAGGGCGGAUCUGGCCGAGGUGCAAUCUAUAAUAAGUCUGCAGGACCUGAUUGACUAUGAGCCGCUGUGGCGCGCGCCUGUCGAGAUGCCGCUGCGGGCUUGGGGUGAUGAAUGCCCCAGCCUCCGUCUGCUCACCACCCCACCGCCUUCCAGCGGUGUUCUCAUCGGACUAGCACUCAACACACUGGCCAGCUACAAUUACACGGACAAGGAGGGUCUAUUCGAUGGAGAUGGUGUCCUCUACUAUCAUCGACUUGCAGAAGUCUUUAAACUCAUCUUCGCCAAACGCUCGUUCCUUACAGACGAAUGCUGCAUGAACACUGAAGAAGAGCAGUUUUUGAGAAAAAUGAUGACAUUGCCGGGAGCAGAUGAAAUCGCGGCCAAAAUUACGGACACUGGAACGCAUAAUUUGAGUUACUACGGCUCAAUUUUCGCCUCCAUGACCGACAUUGGCACAUCGCAUGUGAGUAUGGUUGGACCAGAGGGCGACGGCCUCUCCAUCACCUCGACCAUUAACAUGCCGUUCGGCUCGGGAAUCGUGGGCUCGCGAACAGGCAUUCUCUUCAAUAACGAAAUGAAUGACUUCUCGAUCGCAGGGACAACCAACUUUUUCGGUCUGCCACCCGCUCCGGCUCAUCUCAUUCGACCUAAAGGGCGACCUUUCUCCUCCAUGGCCCCCAUCAUCGUCACCGAUGCCGCCAACGGUACCGUCCGACUUGUCAUCGGUGCUUCCGGUGGCACCCAGAUCAUCACUGCCACCAUCCAGGCUACAUACGCAAACCUGUACCUGGGUAUGAACGUAAAAGGUGCCAUUGAUUCCAUUCGAAUACAUCAUCAGCUCCUCCCGAAGACAAUGCGCUACGAGAAAAAACUACCAUCAUUCAUUUUGCAGGGUCUCAAGGACUUAGGACAUGAAAUAUCCGAAAGUGAUCUGACAUCAGCGGUUCAGGCAAUAGAAGUGGCCAACCUCCCCUGUCCGGGGCACUCCAAGCACCAGUGUCUGCUAGUUAAUGCUGACUAUCGCAAGGGAGGUGAUCACGACGGCUUCUGA